GCGUGCUUACGCAUGGGGUAUUAUAAAAUAAAGUAAAGUGCGCUUGUACCACAUCUAUAUCGUCAUAUCUACACCCAGAAAGUGGAUGUUGCAAUGGCGGUUUCCAGAAUCGAGAUUCUGGUGGCGAUACUUCUGUUUUCUCUCGGCGUUCAAGGCGGCGACUACUUUGACUGUCACCGUAAAGGUCAGGACUGCGCUAACAAUAAGGCAUGCAAAGACGGCGGCCGCUGUGAUUGUGGUGAUGACUACAGCGGCGAUGACUGUGGCCUCACUUUGAGUGAGAAGGGCCAAUCUCCGUGUGCCAGUGACACAGAUUCGUGUGGCUCAGAUGGCGGACUCUGCUAUAACAAUGGAGGAAGCAAGGCCUGUUACUGUCCAGCAGACUCGUAUGGUAACCAGUGUGAAAACAAGCGAUAUCAAGUAACGUGUUCCACCUCGUCCAUUUUGAUCGUGUUGAAUCCGUUCGGAACUUUCGACGGUGUUGUCUACGUCAAGGAUCAGAAAGAGACGUCAGGGUGCACGUUCGCGACGGCUGAUCUCCCCUCCGGCAAAAAUGGACUGGCUCUUAACGUAGCAGACGCAGACUGUGGCAGUGUGACCACCGACCAGGCAACCAGUGACCGGUCUAGGGUUGUGAUCGUGCAGUACAAUGAUAAAUACAUCACCGACCUUGACACGAAGCUGACGGUCACGUGCUCUCCUGGAGGAGCAGUCACAAUUGACGUCACUAAAGUCUUCUUAGCUGACGGAAAUUUAAAAGGACAGGGCAUCAAUAAUACGGUUGACAUCGACUCAUCAGCUGUAGACUUUGACAUCAAGCUGAAGGACGGGACCGCUGUGACCAGCUCCACCGAGGUGCCGUUAGAUGACCUGCUCACAUUUGAGUUUAAUGGAGACAAAGGACCACAGCCAGUUCCCACGUCGGCCCUGCGACUCAUCAAUGGAUCCACCCCUAACGUAGGGCGGUUGCAGAUUUUCCGAAAUGGUGAAUGGGGAACAAUUUGUACCAGCGGUUUAAAUUCUGAAGUGGCAAGGGUUGUAUGUCGUCAAUUGGGCAUGGAGAGUCCUCAAGCACGCUUUGUCAGUGACCACUUUGGGCCGGUCUCAGGAAACAUGUGGAAGUUUCGUGCGAGAUGCAUAUAUUCGGAGAGUGCACUGGAACGCUGCAGUUUGUCCAGAUGGAGGCAAGAAUCGUGCAAAAAGCGAGACAUUGGAGGCAUUAGUUGCCCAAGUGUACCGAAAAAUCCGCAGCUUCGCCUGGUGAACGGGAGUACAGAUAAAGAAGGCCGCUUGGAGGUGUUCUACAACAACCAAUGGGGAACCAUAUGUGAUAAAUACUUUGACACGAUAGCCGCUGCUGUGGCUUGCAAAAUGCUCGGCCAUAGACCUGUCGGUGCUCAGAUGCUAAGCCGGGAUGAUGUCACUGACGGCACUGGGCCCAUCUGGAUGAGCAGUAUUGACUGUAACCCUGGUUCGGAGGACAGCCUCACAGACUGUGAACAUCAUGGCUGGGAGCAGGACCAGGAGAUCAUUCUCAACAGCGACAACUGUCAACACAAAAAUGACGUUGGUAUCAGAUGCGAAGGCGAUAUUUAUUCUGACCUCAAGAUUCGACUUAGGAACGGGUCGCAUGAGCAGGAGGGGAGGGUGGAGAUAUUCCAUGACAACCAGUGGGGCACGAUGACCGACAACUUCUUCUACCAUUUGGCGGCAAAGGUUAUUUGCAGAAUGCUCGGCUUUCCAACAGAGGGUGCCACACCACGUAUUGCGGGCUACUUUCCGGCCGGGACGGGCCCAUUGUGGGUGGAUCGACUGUUGUGUAAAGGGGACGAGACAAACAUAAAUGAGUGUCAGUACUGGGCUUGUGACGAGAACAGGAGAGCCUCAUACUACCACAAUAAAGACGCUGGGGUCACGUGUGGAGGUACAGGCUGGUGGAACUCUUGA